UAAAAGGCAAUAACGAGGAUGAAGAGUUUGAAGAGAUUGCAGCAAAAAUUCGCAAAGGAAAGGUUUUCGAAAUGGAGAUCGGAGGCCAACCUGUCUUUCUUUAUAUACUUGCUGCCAUGUCAGCGGUUGGAGGAUUUCUGUUUGGGUACGACACCGGAGUAGUGUCCGGAGCAAUGUUGAUGGUUGAUCAUGAUCUUCUGGGAACCUUAGAUGACAUUACCCGUGAGCUGUGGCACGAGAUCAUUGUGACCGGAACUAUAGUUACUGCCGCCAUCUUCUCCAUAGUGUCAGGCUUCAUCAGUCAACGGUUUGGAAGGAAACCUGCAAUGUUGAUUGGAUCUCUUCUAUUUACUGCUGGAGCUGUUGUAAUGGCGGUAGCUAAUAGUAAAGAAAUUCUCCUAGUGGGAAGAUUGAUAGUUGGGGCAGGAUUAGGUUUUGCUAGUGCUACAGUUCCCCUGUACAUUGCAGAGGUUAGCCCGGAGGAAAUUAGAGGGAGAUUAACUACAUUUAAUCAAAUCAUGAUAACCUUUGGUAUAUUCUGUUCUAAUAUUAUAGACGGUUUAUUUGCUGAGGUGGAUCAAGGAUGGAAAUAUGAUUUUGGUAUUGGUGGAAUACCAUCCAUUCUUCUUCUCAUCGGAUUCUUCUUCUGUCCAGAAUCUCCCAGAUGGUUAGUAAAGGGCGGUAGGGUGGACGAAGCUAGAGUUAUUUUAAAGAAAAUAAGAGCAAAGGGAUUCGACACAGAGCAGGAGCUCCAAGAGAUAGUGCAGGUGUGCCGGGAGGAAGAGAAAUAUCAGAGUGGAAAUAGUGAAUCUAUGAUGUUACGAAUAUUGAAGAGUGGGUAUGUUAUGAAAGCUCUUAUGGUUGGAUGCUUUAUGCAGCUUUUCCAGCAGUUAGGGGGCAUUAAUACAGUUAUGUAUUACUCCGCCACCAUUAUACAAACAACGGGGAUAUCGUCUUCACAGGCAACUGUCAUCUGGAUUACAGCAGCUGUCAGCGCGGUCAACGUAAUUAGUACUCUACCAGGUAUGUACCUGAUUGAAAGAUGGGGUAGAAGGAUGCUUACUCUCAUCUCUAUGAUUGGAAUAAUUCUGUCUCUGGUUCUCCUUGCUGUUGGGUUUCAUCUUGUAAGAGAGAACAGUCCUGCUCUUCAAUCUAGUGAUGGCUCACUUGAACCUUGCUCUUUACAGACCACCUGUACAGGCUGUGUAGACCUUGGGGAAUGUGGAUUCUGCUACAAGGAUGUUGGUAACGGAACCCUACUAGGAUACUGUGAACCUGUAACCCUGGAAGAUCCAGAUACAUCCAGCCAAGGGUACUGUAGUUCAACUUCAAGUGAUUAUACUUGGUUAAAGGAUCAAUGCCCUUCAGAUUAUGGCGGACUCAUUAUAUUUGCUUUAUGCUUGUAUUUAUUGUGUUUUGCAUCCGGUAUGGGUCCUACACCAUGGACAGUCAAUGCUGAGAUAUAUCCAUUAUGGUGUAGAAGCUGGGCUAUAUCUAUUGCUACCUUUGUAAACUGGUGUGCUAAUAUCCUUGUAUCACAAACCUACUUAACACUUAACAGGGAGCUUCAUCAGAACUUCGGAGAAUCGAAAGAAAUUAUAGAAUGUCGUCCUUACAAGUUUUAA